CGACUGAAAUGAAGUCACCGAGUGCAGCUGUUACAGAGGAUAACGAGACGGCAGGGGUUUCCUCUAAGGCAGAGUCUCCGCCAGCCAGCACUGAGGAUUUGGCUGCCCAAAAGAGAGAAGCAAGAUUAAGAAAAUUUCGAGAGCUGCACUUGAAAACGAACGAGGCUCGAAAGUUAAAUCACCAAGAAGUAGUAGAAGAAGACAAACGACAAAAAUUGCCGAGUAACUGGGAGGCACGGAAAGCCCGAUUAGAAUGGGAGCUUAAAGAAGAAGAGAAGAAAAGGGAAUGUGCAGCUAAUGGUGUUGACUAUGAGCGGGCAAAGCUAUUGGAAAUAAGCGCAGAAGAUGCUGAAAGGUGGGAGAGGAAAAAGAAGAGAAAAAAUCCUGACCUGGGAUUUUCAGAUUAUGCAGCAGCACAGCUACGCCAAUAUCAGAGGCUGACAAAGCAAAUUAAACCAGAUAUGGAGGAAUACGAGAUGGAGAAACAGAAGCAAGGUGAAAUGUUCUAUCCCACGUCGGAAAGUUUGUACCAUGGUACUCACAUACCCUCCCAAUCUGGGAUUGACAGAAUGGUCACAGAUCUUGAAAAACAGAUUGAAAAACGUGAAAAAUACAGCCGCAGGCGUGCAUACAACGAUGAUGCUGAUAUUGACUACAUUAAUGAGAGGAAUGCAAAAUUCAACAAGAAGGCAGAGAGAUUUUAUGGCAAAUACACUGCGGAGAUCAAACAGAACUUGGAAAGAGGGACUGCUGUCUAAAUUGGCUUUUCUUCUUCACUUGUUUUUUGUCUUGUAAAAUAGCUGCUUUGUAUCCGGCCCAUAGCAGUUUACUGUUCGCCCUGUUUGUCCUCACAGGCAUUUUUUGGUUUCAUAAAAAAAAUUCCUAGAAGAAUAUUUUACAUGUUUUAUGUGCAUUAUCCUCUCUAAAGGGAUGUUUAUCUGUAAAUAAAAUCUGAAGAAUCUGUGUUUAAAAAUUCCUUUCAUUUUACAUGUAUGUGAAGAGUUAUAUAACCUUACAAGGGGUUUUUUUGGGGGGGGGGGUUUUGCUAUGGUAAAUAAAUACAUUUUGAUAGAAUUAA